AUGCCGCCUUCUCACCACUACAGCCAAUCUCAGGCCCUCCCCCGCCAGUCCAUUCUCCCUCCGUCUUCGACCACCGCCGGUCCUUCAUCGAUGUCCGCCGCUAAGACUCGGCAGUAUGCAAACCUGCAGGCUCAGUUGGAGCAGCUGAACGCCAACCUGACUGACACGCAAAACCUGCUCCGUAUGACUGCAGUGCAGGCAGAGGAUAUGCGGUUCUUGGGCGGCUAUGUUGGAGCUCUGUUUAUGGGGUCGGCCAAGGUGUUGGGAGAGGAGGGUGUCAAGGGUAAUGCCGAUAAGAAGGAGAGUGAAUCGUGA